CCCAGGAGGCCCUAGCAAGGCUGACUGCCCUUAAAACCGGGCUAUUCUUCUGGCUCUUGAUUCAGCCUAAGUUCGAAGAGCACAAGGUUGUUCUAUAAAGGGUGUAUGGGUAACUUAUCCCAGCAUUUAAUGUUCCUUUAUUCUUUUUUUUUUUCCUUUUUACUGGAAACAAGAGUCUGAACUGGUCAUGCUUUGGGCUGAUGCCAGUGUGCCUGGUAGCCAUGCCCCAUAAUACUUAACAUUUAUGGGUGAUUGCUAGGUGCCAACGUUGUACGGAGAGAACUUUCCACGGACAUCCUGUUCAAUCCUUAGAGGCUGACAACAAGGUGGUCAGCAUCGGCACGUUCAGCCUUUCAGUGAUGAGGACGCUUCGAUAGAAACAAUGAGCCACGGCAGCGGCUACAGCGAUCCUUCCAGUGUUGCUGAAGAUGGACCAGAAGUCCUUGAUGAGGAGGGAACUCAGGAAGACUUAGAGUACAAGUUGAAAGGAUUAAUCGACCUGACCCUUGACAAGAGUGCAAAAACAAGGCAAGCAGCUCUUGAAGGUGUUAAAAAUGCACUAGCUUCAAAAAUGCUCUAUGAAUUUGUUCUGGAGAGAAGAAUGACUCUAACUGAUAGCGUUGAACGCUGUCUGAGGAAAGGGAAGAGUGACGAGCAGCGAGCGGCUGCCGCGUUGGCAUCUGUCCUGUGCAUUCAGUUGGGCCCUGGAAUCGAAAGUGAAGAGAUUUUAAAAACUCUUGGACCAAUCCUAAAGAAAAUAAUUUGUGAUGGGACAGCUAGUGUCCAGGCCAGGCAAACUUGUGCGACUUGCUUUGGUGUUUGCUGUUUUAUUGCCACAGAUGACAUUACUGAGCUGUAUUCAACUCUCGAAUGCUUGGAGACUGUCUUCACCAAGUCCUAUCUGAAAGACAAAGACACGAAUGGUAUUUGCAGCACCCCCAACACGGUGCUUCAUAUCAGCUCGCUCCUUGCAUGGACGUUGUUGCUGACCAUAUGUCCCAUCAGCGAAGUCAAGAAAAAGCUCGAGGUGCAUUUCCACAAACUUCCCAGCCUCCUCUCUUGUGAUGAUGUAAACAUGAGGAUAGCUGCUGGUGAAUCUUUGGCACUCCUCUUUGAACUGGCCAGAGGGAUGGAGAGUGACUUUUUUUAUGAAGACAUGGAGUCUUUGACGCAGAUGCUGAGGACCUUGGCCACGGAUGGAAAUAAGCACCGAGCCAAGGUGGACAAGCGGAAGCAGCGCUCGGUGUUCCGGGACGUCCUGCGGGCCGUGGAGGAACGGGAUUUUCCGACAGAAACUGUUAAAUUUGGUCCUGAGCGCAUGUAUAUUGACAGCUGGGUCAAAAAGCACACCUAUGACACCUUCAAGGAGGUUCUGGGAUCAGGGAUGCAGUACCACUUGCAGUCAAAUGAAUUCCUCCGCAAUGUCUUUGAACUCGGACCCCCAGUGACGCUUGAUGCUGCAACGCUCAAAACUAUGAAGAUUUCCCGCUUUGAGAGGCAUUUAUAUAACUCCGCAGCGUUCAAAGCGCGAACAAAGGCUCGCAGCAAAUGUCGAGACAAGAGAGCAGAUGUUGGAGAAUUCUUCUAGGUUUUCAGCACCUGAAGAUUUAAAUUUUUUGUUGUUGUUGUUUUGCUAUUUCUAAUGUAUUUAAACUUUAGAGACAGUUUUUAUCUUCGCUCAACUUAGUAAUUUUUUGUACCAGGGGUUAUAUUGUAGUUUCAUGUACAGUAUUGCAAAUGGUGAGUUCUGAUCAUUGAGUAUUCUGUGUAAAUAUAAUCAGUAAACAAAAUGUAAUGUUUAGUCUUAACCUAUUUAUGAAAAGAGAAAUAACUGUGUUUCACAUGAUUUCCUGAUGCAAAAAAAAGUCAUAGCCAAGGUUUCAUUUCUUAUGCAUGAGGUUGUCUUCUGAUG